UUUAAAAUUGCCAACAAAUAUUGACUGACUUGCCCUAUACAAACCAUAUCUUCUUCUAUAUUCGAUUUCCAGUGGCGAUGCGAGAACUGUGUUGGUGGUCGACCCGUCAAUCUACAGAGGAGAAGACAGGGAAGAACAACACAACGAGGAAGAAGAAGAAGAACAUCGCAUGAGAUGAGAUCUACGGACUCUGUUUAUCUUCAACUUUUCAACACCACAUAGCCCCACCAUCUUCCUUUCUAUAACUAGGUUUCACUUUUCACUUUCACUCUCACUCUCACUCUCACUUCACCGAACCACCACCACCAAUUUCGUCUGCAUUGAACCGUCAACCACCGCAAACCGGUGGUGGAACCCGCCGGAGAAUCUGGGUGUUUGAGAUCAGUCUCAUGCGGAGCUGAGUCGGUGGUGCGGUGGUGUCAGCCAAGAUGUUCAGAUGGAGGAAUGACAAGAACAGAGUCAAAGCUGUUUUCAAGCUCCAUUUCCAUGUCACUCAGGUGCUGCAACCUGGGGUGGAUAGUUUGGUGCUUUCUAUUGUUCCAGGUGAUAUUGGAAAGGUAACUACCAGAUUAGAGAAAGCUUUGGUUCGUGGAGGAGUUUGUAGAUGGGAGAAUCCUGUGUAUGAAACAGUCAAGUUCAUUCAGGAUCCUAAGACUGGGAAAUUCAGUGAGAGAGUGUAUUAUUUUGUGGUUUCAACGGGGUUAUCAAAAGGUAGCUCAUUUGGGGAAGUUUCUGUGGAUUUUGCUAGUUAUGCAGAUGCUACUAAGCUCUCCUCUGUCUCUCUUCCCAUCAAGAAUUCUCAUUCUGAUGCUGUCUUGCAUGUUUCCAUCCAGAGACUACAAGAUAAUAAUGACACAAGAGAGGAAGAGGAAUGUGAAGAUGCUAAACUGAAACCCCAUGAUAGGAGCUUGAGGACCUAUUUAAGCAAUGGAGAUAUAGAUGGACUCUCUAAGAGUGAUUCUUCUGAAGACGUGUCUGCCAAAGAAAGCACCAAUAGAGUUGAAUUAAGUGCUGAUCGUAGGACAUCUAGUGGAUCAUCUGAAAUUACAUUGUCAAGUUCUGAUGGAAGCUUUGGACUUGAUACUCCCCGAGAACUUGCACUACAAAAUACUAGCAUCCUCCCCAAUGCAAAUGGUUUUCUUUCAGACAUGAGCCACGCUUCCGAGCCUCAAAAACUUGCUGUUAAUGCCUCUCCAUCAUUGUAUGAUGUACAUCAGAGAUCACACUGGGACUGGUCAGCUGGUUCAGAACAUGGUUUGAGUGCGGAUGAUGCAAUUCAUGGUUCUCAGGAUGCCCUUUCGGGAGAAAGAUCCCAUCAGCCAUCCGACAUGGAGAAUGAGAAACUCAAGGCUCAAGUUGCUGCUUUGGCUAGGCAGAUGGAAGUGUCAGACUUGGAACUUCAAACUCUUAGGAAACAAAUUGUAAAGGAAAGUAAAAGAGGUCAAGAGCUCUCAAAGGAAGCCAUCAGCUUGAAAGAGGAACGGGACAAACUCAAGGUAGAAUGCGGAAAUUUAAGGUCUUUCCACAAACGAAUGGAUGAGGCAAAAGCUGGCAACACAUCACAAUUGGAAAGUGUGGAUCUCCGCACUCUUGUUGAAGAAAUUAAACAAGAAUUGAAGUAUGAGAAGGACCUGAACACAAAUCUCCGGCUACAGUUAGAGAAGACGCAGGAUUCAAAUGCUGAAUUAGUUCUCGCUGUGCAGGACCUGGAUGAAAUGUUGGAGCAGAAAAAUAGGGAAAUAUGUGGUCUUUCCAAUAAAAAUGAACAGAGUAAAAGCUCACAUGAUUUAGAGAGAAAUCUCUCUAAUUGUGAAGCAGACGAUGAUGAAGAACAGAAAGAACUGGAAGAGCUUGUUAAGGAGCACAGCAAUGCCAAGGAGACGCACUUACUUGAGCAAAAAAUCUUAGAUCUCUAUGGUGAAAUAGAGAUGUAUAGGAGAGACAAAGAUGAGUUGGAGAUGCAGAUGGAGCAGCUUGCACUGGACUAUGAGAUAUUGAAACAGGAAAACCAUGACAUGGCAUAUAAGCUGGAGCAGAGCGAACUGCAAGAACAGUUAAAUUUGCAGUAUGAAUGCUCUUCUCCUCAUGCUGUAGAUGACAUGGAAACCCAUAUCCAGAGUCUGGAAAAUCAACUCAAGAAACAAUCAGAUGAAUUCUCUAAUUCUCUGGCUACCAUUAAGGACCUUGAAUCCCAAAUCAGCAGAUUAGUGGAACUGGAGAAACAAUCAGAAACCCAUGUCCAGAGUCUCGAAAAUCAACUCAAGAAACAAUCAGAAGAAUUCUCUAAUUCUCUGGCUACCAUUAAGGACCUUGAAUCCCAAAUCAGCAGAUUAGAGGAAUUGGAGAAACAAUCAGAAACCCAUAUCCAGAGUCUGGAAAAUCAACUCAAGAAACAAUCCGAAGAAUUCUCUAAUUCUCUGGCUUCCAUUAAGGUCCUUGAAUCCCAAAUCAGCAUAUUACAGGAGGAACUGGAGAAACAAGCCCAAGGAUUUGAAGCUGAUAUAGAUGAUGUGAUGCGUGAGAAAGUUGAGCAGGAACAAAGAGCCAUCCGAGCCGAGGAAGCUUUGCAAAAGACCAGAUGUAAAAAUGCUAAUACUGCUGAGAGGCUCCAAGAAGAAUUCAAAAGGCUUUCAAUGCAAAUGGCAUCUACGUUUGACGCAAACGAGAAGGCUACCAUGAAGGCAUUCACAGAAGCAAGUGAACUUCGUGGACAUAAAAGACUACUUGAAGGAAUGCUGCAUAAAGUCAAAGAAGAGCUUCAAUCAGUCAAGGUUGAUUAUGAGGUUAAACUGAAUGAACUUUCCAACAAAAUAGAUAUGAUGACAGUUCAAAUACAAGAGAUGAUGUUGGAAAUUGAGGACAAGUCCAAACAACUUGAAAAUCAGAAAACUCACGAAGAACAACUUAGCGGGGAUUUCUCUGAGAAGAUCCAGAUGCUAAAAGCUGAAAAUGGGAAGCUUAAAGCGGAGAUUUCGUGCUUAUCUGCGCAAGUAAAGCAAAAAGAAAUCUUAAGAACUGACUUGGAACUUACGAAAAAAUCACUUGAGGACUCUGAGACCCUGUUACAUAGUAAAAUGGUGGAAAGAAAUGAGCUGGUGACCACAAUCGCUCUAUUGAAGAAGGAGGUAGAAAAGUCACUUGACGAGUUAAAUAGGAUGAUACACCUCAAGAAUGAAGAAGAGAAGGUUGCUGGAGUCUUGCAUUCAGAGAUAGAAGCGCUUAAAGCUCAAUGUAGUGACAUGAAACAAUCCCUUAUCGAGGAUGAGACUGAGAAAGAAAAACUAAGAACGCAAGUUUUGGAGCUAAGUGGUGAGCUAAAGAAAAAGGAUGAUGCAUUAACCAACAUGGAGAAGAGAUACAAGGAUAGUAAUGGAUGCACACAGCUUUCUCAUGGUACUAAAUCAAUUCCUGAGAAUUCAAAAGAAAUGUCAAAUCUCAAGGAGAAAAUACAAAUGCUGGAGGACCUGAUAAAAUCAAAGGAAACUGCAAUGGAAACGUCAGCUUCUUCAUUUUUGGAGAAGGAAAGGGAACUGAAAUCCAAAAUUGAGGAACUGGAGGACAAAGUAGAGGAAUUCAAUCAGAGCAUUGCUUUGCUAGAGGUUGUUGAGGAUAAGAGUGUGCCUGCUUCCAAUGAUACAUCUGGAGAAGUAAGAAGUACAGCUGAUGAGCAUCUCGAUGAUACUACACGUGUUGCAGUUUCAUCAUUCAAGAGUGAUAUAUAUUUGUUAGAGAAUGAAGCCGAAACAUCCUCAAUGAAUCACAACUCUUGUGACAUGCCAACUGAAUUAUCAUCAUUAAAGGAAAGAAAUAACUCAAUGGAGACUGAGCUGAAAGAGUUGCAAGAAAGAUACUCAGAAAUGAGUCUCAAAUUUGCGGAGGUCGAAGGUGAAAGGCAAAAACUUGUUAUGACUGUGCGAAGCCUCAAGAAUGCUCGGAGGAGUAAAAAUGAAUAAGUUGAUGUGUUUGCAAGAGAUGUGCAUUUUCUUCCCUUUUCCUUAGGACUUUUUUCCCUUCUAAACCAUAAAUGUGUGCCAUAAGGGUACCAUUUAGUUACCAAUAGUGCUCUCUUACUACAAUGUUCUUGUUUGAUCUGGUGAUGAUUAGUUCUUUAAUUGUUUUGUUUUUUGGCGCUUGUAUACAUAUUCUUUUGGUGUACCCUUUGAUAGUUAUAUAUAUAUAUAAUACAAAUCAUCAGCCUUUCUUUUAA